AUGUUCGCCAGCGCCAGAGCUCUUGGCCAUCCUCCUCCGGACUCACCAACCCUUGAGUCAUCGGAACAAGUUUACAUCUCGACCCUCGUGCUUCUCAAGAUUUUGAUGGAAUUAAUUUCAUAUUAUGACUGUAAUAGGGAGAGCUGGGGUACUGAUGGAAGUUAUGGGUUUAAUGUUGGGGGAUUGGUUGAUGAGUAUACGGUUCGUGUUGUGGAUGUGUUUGCUAUGCCUCAAAGUGGUACUGGGGUUAGUGUUGAAGCUUUGAUCAUACCGGAAAUGGUGGAUGGUUGGUAUCAUUCCCACCAUGGGUUUGGCUGUUGGCUCUCUGGUGUGGAUAUCAACACUCAACAGUGUUUUGAAGCUUUGAAUCAAAGAGCUAUGGCAUUUGUUGUGGAACCAAUUCAGAGUGUCAAAGGAAAGGUGGUCAUUGAUGCUUUCCGAUUGAUUAAUCCACAAACUAUGAUGCUUGGGAAAGAGCCACGACAGACCACUUCCAAUCUUGGCCAUCUGAACAAACCAUCAAUCCAAAAUGAACUUGAGGAGAAGAUGCUAUUGAAUCUUCACAGGAAGAAGUGGACGCAUGGGUUGACCCUCCAGCGUUUCGACACUCACUCCAAAACCAAUGAACAAACUGUUCAGAUUAGUCAAUCUUCAUUCUACUUUGUGGGUGAUGAAAUGUUGACUUUGGCCAUGAAGUAUAACAAAGCACUUCAAGAGGAGGAUGAGCUCCCACCUCAGAAACUGGCCAUUGCAAAUGUAGAGAGACAAGAUGCAAAAAAGCAUAUAGAAGAACACGUCUCAAAUCUGAUGUCUUCAAACAUCAUUCAAACAUUAGGAACCAUGUUGGAUACAAUUGUUUUUUGA